UGGCACAGAGGCUGUUGUUUUAAAUGUGUGUCAAUAUUUUUUUUUGACUCGACCAGUGCUGCUAACACAUGGCUGGACAAAACAAGACAAGCAUUACACAAUGUAAUACUACUGAAUAUAACAAACACUACCGCCGCGAUUACAGUUUUACGCUCACAUUAAUGCUCAGUAUGAGCCUCACGCAGCCCUACAGUCAUGUCUGUCUCACAGGAUCGUGCAUGAAGGGGUGCAUCGUAGGCGGAUGUGUCUGGUGAGGGCUUCCCUGUGAUCCAGCAUACAAUCCAUUCAGCCUGUUAUCUAAUGCAGGUAUCGGUUUGUAUCUUUGAUUGAAAAAGCAGCUCCCCUGCCCUCUCACACUCCGGGAAUUCAUGGCUUCCCCCGCUUUGAAAGCAAUCGAGGGAGCUGCGUGGGCGCUGCAGGAGGCUGAGCGGAGCUGCAUGGACGCGCAUGGCGAUGCGUUCUGGGAGGAGAGGGGGAUUCUCGUCCUGGCUCGAACCAUAUUAGGACACGCUUCCUGUCGAUAAACCCCUCCUACGUCACUGGGAUGAGCAGAAGUGAAACAGUUGGCACCUUCAGGGCGGCGGGAUGUUGGCGUCCUGAAGCUGCAUUCCGAAGGGUCUGCAGGCCUGUAGAAUGUGAACAAACAUAACUGCUGAAACUGGCAAAUGGAGGUGAGAACUGUGUGUCCCUGUGAUGUGAUCGUUUGACUAUGGGAAGAGGAAGGCACAAAAGAACAAUGGGAAGUCAAAGGAAGCAAGUGGCGUCAGAUGCUACUCGUAGCCUAGCCUCGGCUACCACGCUGAUAGCGGCUAACGCAUCCUCGCUAACAACAGCGAACAACCAUGGACAGGCAAGUGAGCCUGUACUUCAUGAUAAUAUGCAUGGCUAUAUUGACCACUAUGAGACUGUGCACCAUAAUUCCGGAGAUUAUCCUCCCUUACCACUUUCCUCGGAGGGUUCCUCCUCACCUGAUGCUAUUAUGCCGGCUGCUAAGCUAACACGUAUGGGGGAAGCCUGGGGUAUUGAAGGUGCUACCACGACUAUUUUAAAGGAGUUCUCUGCUUUCACGGACAAUAUUAAUAAAAGGUUGGAUACUUUGCAGGGCAUGAUGAAAUGUAACUCAAUUGAAAUCGCAGACAUUAAACGCGAAAUGAAAGAAAAUACUAAAGAAAUCAUAGCCAUUAAAAAUGAGUUCAAGGCUGUUCAUGAUGACGUGAUGGCAGUGAGAAAUCAAGUUAAAGAACAAUCAGAACAAAGAGUAAAAGACAAUGAAAAGCUCACGGCCAUGGGUCUCAGAGUAACACGCCUGGAGGAUUACUCACGACGUCAGAAUCUGAAGGUGUACGGGAUCGAGGAGAAGGAGCAGGAGAAUUUGCGGGAGGUGACCACUCGUCUCUGCCAGGAGUUGCUGCCGGAGGCCAGGGACCAGUUCGCGGGGGCAAUCGAUGUGGCCCACCGCCUUGGCCCGAGGAAGUCCGGCAGCACACAAUCUAGAGGAGUCAUUAUGCGAUUCCUCUACCGUCACGACAGAGAUCGAAUUUGGGAGGCCUCCAAAAAUUCUGUCCUGCUGAGGAACAGACAUUUGAAGUUUGCUCAAGACUGGUCGCCAGAAGUUCGGGAGAGAAGACGUCAGCUCUACCCCAUGGUGGCCAGGGCAAAGGACGAGGGCCGCACUGCCUAUUUGGUUGCUGGACGGGCAUUCGUCGACGGAAAAGAAAUUUUCCCUUCUUGACAAUCUCCUACACUUUUGUGGGAGUCUCACUCUGUGGAGCUUGAUGGCAGCUUCUGGAGAUCCCAAUGGGGAGGUGACUUAUGGUUCGCUCAUGGUACAGAACGUUCAGGAGGGGUGGGCAUUCUGAAAAAUCGUUUCAAUGGUAAGAUUUUACAUUCAGACCUAGAUAAGGGCGGCCAUUACAUUACUUUAGUAUUGGAAAAAGAUCAUAUUAUCUUUAUUAUUGUUAAUGUGUAUGGCUUUAACAAUCUGAAUGAGAACAAAAACCUGUUUACUACAAUAGAGAAGCGCAUGUCGUUCUGGUUGAAUAAAUACCCUACAAGCUUUAUUAUUCUGGGAGGAGAUUUUAAUGUGGUAUUAAGUAAUGAGCUGGAUCGUAUCCCCCCUAAAAAGCCAGAUUCAUCAAGUAACUUUGUUAAAUUUUUUGCCCAAAAAUUUGAUUUAAUUGACUCGUGGAGGGAGGGUCACCUAUCUCUGAAGGCAUUUACCUGGUCGAACAAAACGUUAACAAGACAGUCACGUAUUGAUUUUUGGUUGACCUCUAAAACUUUAAAAAAUGUUACCUCAGAUAUUUUCCCUGCCCCAUUGACGGACCACAAAACCAUUAGUCUCCAUAUUUCAACUGGAGCAAACUCUCCUAAACCAUCAUACUGGAAGCUUAAUAGCUCAAUUUUAGAGGAGAAUGAAGUGGCUAAUACUAUUUUGGAAUUAAUAAGCGAGUACUGGACAAAAGCAACGGAGCAAAAAAGAUUUAAUGUUAACUGGGAACUUUUCAAAUUUGCGUCAGCAAAAUACUUACGGAAAUUUAGUAGUGAUGUAGCAAAGAAAAAAAGGAAAGUCGAAAAUGAUAUAAUUCUAAGAACUACAACCUUAUUAUCAAAAUCUAUUAGUGAUAUCACUGAAUCUGAAAAAACUGAACUUAAUGACCUUCAACAAAAAUUGGAUGAAAUUUACAAGAACAGAGCUGAAGGAGCUUAUGUAAGAUCACGUAGACAGUGGCUUGAAGAAGGAGAGCAAAAUUCUGCUUACUUUUUUAGGCUGGAAAGACAGCAGGGUAAUAAAAAUACUAUAAAUAAACUUAAUAUCAAUGGAUCUGUUAUGGACAAUCCAGCAAAAUUAGCGGAAUAUUGCUCCCAAUUCUAUAGUAGUCUUUACUCCUCAACAUUCUGCCAGCAAACUGCCUACACUUUUUUUCAAUCAUUUCCAGCACCUGAGCAGCUUUCACAAGUGGAUAAAGAACUCUGUGAUAAAAAUAUUACUUUGAAAGAAGUUGAAGAUGCUAUUAAUCUAUUAAAACUAAAUAAAUCCCCAGGUAAUGAUGGGUUAACUUCUGAAUUUUAUAAGAGAUUUUCAGCUAGUCUAUGUCCCUUUCUUUUGAAAGUGUUCGAGGAGUCUAUAGAUAGAGAAUCACUGCCUGCCACGCUCACUCAAGGCCUCAUAACUUUAAUACCAAAGGCUAAAAAAGACCCAUUAUUUCUGGAUAAUUGGCGUCCUAUCUCUUUACUUAAUAAUGAUUAUAAAAUUAUGGCAUCAAUAUUUGCGUCUCGAGUUAAAAUAGUGUUACCAAAAAUUAUAGACGAAUGUCAGUCGGGCUUUAUGCGUGAUAGGCAUAUUUCAAAUAAUAUUAGGUUAGUUCUCGAUAUUCUUGAUUACAGUGACUUAGUCCAGGAUCAGAGUCUGAUUCUCUUCCUCGACUUUUAUAAAGCGUUUGACUCACUUGAACAUGGAUUUAUGCUCUCUGCGAUCGAAAAGUAUGGUUUUGGCGGGUUCUUUCAGAGUGCGUUGCGCACCUUGUACUCGAAUGCCAAUAGCUCCAUUAAAUUGAGCCACGGCACCACACCAAGGUUCCCCUUAAAUCGAGGUGUCCGUCAAGGGUGCCCUUUGUCCCCUUAUAUUUUCCUUAUAGCUGUACAAUUUCUUAACUUGCAGGUUAAAAACAGCUCUCUUAAGGGUGUGUCCAUUGCAAAGAAUGAAAUAAAAAUUAGCCAACUGGCAGAUGACACGGUUUUGUUUUUGAAAGAUGAUUCGCAGGUCCCUGUUGCAAUAAAUGUGAUACAGUCCUUCUCCAAGGCUUCAGGGCUCAAAUUAAAUGUUAAUAAAUGUGUGCUUUUGCCCGUGAAAAAUUGCUUCAAGAACUUAAUUUGUGAUAUCCCAGUUAAGGACUCUGUCGUUUACUUGGGCGUCACUAUAACCAAAGAUUUGUCUAAGCGAAAUAAUGAAAACUUUACACCAAUGAUGGAAAAGACUCAAGUUGUUUUUAAUCGUUGGUUGCAGAGGGACCUGUCUCUUGCGGGCAGAGUACUGCUGUCAAAAGCAGAGGGUCUAUCGCGUUUGACGUAUGCUGCUCAGGUUCUGGACGUGGAGCCCUCCGUGUGCAAGAAAGUAGAUCAGGUUUUGACCAAUUUUGUAUGGAAAAAUAAGACCCACUAUGUUAAAAAAUCUGUGGUUCUGAAUCCCCUUGAUAAAGGGGGUCUGGGGCUAAUUGAUUUUGCUUCUCUUAAUAAUACUUUUAAAAUUAAUUGGAUUAGGCAACAUCUUGCAAACCCUACUUCUAUUUGGAAUUUUAUUCCACAUUUUGUUUUCUCUCAAAUCGGUGGUUUGAAACUUAUUCUGCUGUGCAGUUAUAGUAUUCAGAAAAUUCCAAUUAAACUCUCAUCAUUUCAUAAACAAGUACUGCUCUCGUGGACGCUGAUUUUCAAACAUAACUUUUCUCCACACAAGAGUUACAUAUGGAAUAAUCAGCAUAUUGUGUUCAAAAACAAGUCGCUAUACUUAGAAAACUGGUGUGGUAAUGGUAUUUUAUUGAUUAGCCAGCUCUUCAAUGAAAGUGGUCUUCUCUAUAGUUACAGUGAAUUUUUGGAGAGGUAUAAAGUACCAGUGCCACCCCGGGAAUAUGCUAUUGUUUUUGAUGCAAUACCGUCUGGUCUACGUAUGCUCUGCAAAUGCUCUAACUUUAAACCUCCGGUUGUAGUGUCCCCUUGUGACCCAACUAAAACAUAUGUUGGAAAAAUUUGUUUCUCCAUGUUAAGUAGUGGUAGAAAUGGCAGAAUUCGAGCCCUGUUUCAGGAGAACAUAACAUCUGCUCCAGCUGCAAUUGCACACUGGGCUAAAUCCGUACCAGAUGUUCAAUGGAAAUACACUUGGACCCUACCACAACGUUUUUUUCUUACAAAUAAAGUUAAAGAAAUAUCAUAUAGAAUAUUACAUCGAUUUUAUUCAGUGAAACACUUCUUAGUGAGAUUUAAAAAAGACAUAGAUACCAUGUGCGCUUUUUGCGGAGGCUCACCUGAAACUCUGGCUCACCUUUUUUGGUCGUGUCCAGCUACCAAGCGGUUCUGGAAUGAUGUUAAUAUCUUGAUUACAUCAAAAGUCAGUGCCUCAUUCUCUCUUUACUUUAAAUAUAUUCUUUUUGGUUUCCAAACUGAUAAAGUGUCCCAGAGGGGGCCCUUUAUCAUUAAUCUCCUCAUUCUCCUUGCAAAAUUUCAUAUUCACAAGAUGAAAUAUGCCAACUCUACCCCUAGUUUUGUAGUAUUUAAAAAGGAACUUGAACAUUAUUUGGCCAUCAUUAAAUUAUGUAAUCAUAAGAAGGCUGUGAAAACAUUGACCAUCUGUAACAGUCUGAAGCUGCUAUGAAAAAAGUGGGGAACCCCACGCUUGACCCUGUACUGGCCACUCCCAUCCGCUAGCGGCCGGGGCUGGCCAGUUGGGGGUCGAGGUGUUUGGCUCGCUUUACACUGGGUAUAUGUGUAUUGGUGUAUACCAUGUAUAUAUAUGAAUGAAGACUGGAACAUUGGUUGUCUUUAUGCAUGGGUCGUUGUGUUACAUCAUGUGCUGUCUGUAAUUGUUGUAGAGUUAGUGUGUAUUGUCUUUUUCUUUUUCUCUCCUUUUUUUUUUUUUUUUUUUUUUUUUUUUUCUUUUUUUUUUUCUCUUUUUUUUUUUCUUUCUUUUCUCUUUUUUUAUUCUUUUACUUAACCCCUUGCAAUUUUAAUCUAGCAAUGCUGUAUAUCUGCUGUCAACUAUCAGGCAGAAAUUGUCUAGAAACUUUUUAGAAAGUCUUGAUGAACCUGCUGUUAAAUCAUGUUUGAAGCUGUUAAGCAUUGUAAAUGUUCUCUGUAUAAAAAAAUUAAAAAA